AUCCGCCCUUAUUCCCUCGGCGCACCCAGCCCCUACGAGGGAGGACCGCUACAAAAGGCUUGCAUGGAACGCGUGAGGGCUUAGUGGAUGGCAAACCACCAGGGGAUCCUGUCUCCCCACAAACCAGCGACUCCCAGAAGCAAGGGGGGCGGGGACCGAGGCCAGGAGCGGCUGUGUCGCGGGCGCGCGCAGUGGCUGGAGCGGCUGGGAGAGGCCGGGCCACCUCCCCCUUCCCGGCCAUGCACAGCCUCACCCGCGGCCGUUCCAGGCACCACACUCCCCGCGGUGCCCGCCGUGCCAGUGACACGCUCCCGCGGCCCGCGGCACAGCGGCUGCCUUCUCUCCCGCAAUUCUACCCACGACUCCCUCCUCCUCUGGGGCGCCGCGCCCAGCAGCCGGGGCCGCCCCUUCGUCAACUUUGAGCUGGAAGAGAAACAACUUUGGCCGUAGCUGCGGGUUUCGAGUCCCGCUUCUUUUGGGCACUAGUAGCCUAGCCGCUCGCUGGGGUUUGGUGGGGCGAGCGUUUCCCCCGCCCCGCGCAUUAGCUCUGCGUCUGACCUCGGCAACCUGUUUCCAGCCAGCCAGGAGCGGGAUUUGUCUGCCAACCAUCUGGGGCGGGGGAGGGGACCUUGUUUUUCUUUGCGUCUGGAGACCUCCGUUUGCAACUGGAUAAAGCAGUGUGGAAGGGAUGUAAACAGGCAGAGAAACUGUACCCUAGAAGGCAGCCAGCCCGAGGCAGGAAGGAGCGUGGGGGCUUCGUCCCAGCUUCUUCCAGGCGCAACAUUAAUCGACAUUCAGGUGUUGGUUGCAACUUUUCAAGGUCAGCCACCGGGAGUAGCCUUUCUGUCUCCGAACCGUAGGGGCAUCAGAGCUCGGAUUGGGUUCGGCUAAGAAAAGCACAGAAUGCCUAACAAGCAAGGAUUGUAAGGCAGAUAGCGCGGGACCCAAGGCCCGCCCCUUACCCUCCUGGACAGCUUCAGGUUCGCGCAGCCCCUGCGGGGUGAGUAUGUGACAUGUGUCUAACUCCCUGGAGCAACUUCUGCAGCAGGUGUGCAUCCUAAGCAGGAGCCGCCCGUGCCCGGCGCGCCCUCGCCCAGCCAUGCGGGCUCCGGAAGCACCUCUCGCCGGCAUUUCGCGGCUGCUGCUUCUACUCCUCCUCCAGACGUCUGCCGCUCCUGCCUUUGGGUUCACCCUCCCUGCGCCCAGGAAUGAGACUUGCCUCGGGGAGAGCUGUUUGCCUAGACUGAUCCAGCGCCGCAGCCGAGGCACUUGGGGACCGGCAAAUUCUGCUAGAGGCGUUCUCCGAGCCCGCGCGCCCAGGGAGGAGCAGGAGGCAGCUCUGCGCUCUGCGCCCUCCUGGGACUUGCCAGACACCUCGAGCGGUGACCCAGGUGCUGGCAGAGGGGCAGAGGUGUCCACCGCUGGGCCCUUGGGACCUUCGAGCAGGCUGCCUGGCGCCUGGAAAUGGAAAGGUGUCCGGAUUCAGGAUGUGUCUAGCACUUUGAGGAGAGGGGAUGCUACGGCCCUCCAGCUCUUCCUCCAGACCUCAGAGGAAGAAGAGAAGGGUCCUGGGGGCGCUGUCGUUUCCAGACGCAGUCAGGAGCGCAGUGUGAAAAAGGAACCCGUAGCCAGCGAUCUCUACUGGCCCAGGAGAGCUGCUGGCCAUCUCCAGGGUUCCCACCAUAAGCCCCCAAUCAAGUCGGCCGAUGGGCUGGCAGGGAGCGAAGGGCGGACAUUUGCACCCCCAGGCAGGGCACUGGCCCAGAAUGGGUCUUCAGAAGAAGGGAUCCACGAGCGCGGGGGUUCCCGCUGGAGAAACAGCACGAACCGGCGAGUGAGGCUAAAGAACCCCUUCUACCCGCUGACCCAGGAGUCCUAUGGAGCCUACGCGGUCAUGUGUUUGUCCGUGGUGAUAUUCGGCACCGGUAUCAUUGGCAACCUGGCGGUAAUGUGCAUCGUGUGUCACAACUACUAUAUGAGGAGCAUCUCCAACUCUCUCCUGGCCAACUUGGCCUUCUGGGACUUCCUCAUUAUUUUCUUCUGCCUCCCGCUCGUCAUCUUCCACGAGCUCACCAAAAAGUGGCUGCUGGAGGACUUCUCCUGCAAGAUCGUGCCCUACAUCGAGGUCGCCUCUCUCGGAGUCACCACCUUCACGUUGUGCGCUCUGUGUAUUGACCGCUUCCGGGCUGCCACCAACGUGCAGAUGUACUAUGAAAUGAUUGAAAACUGUUCCUCCACCACUGCCAAGCUUGCUGUGAUAUGGGUGGGCGCUCUGCUGUUGGCACUUCCAGAAGUUGUUCUGCGCCAGCUGAGCAAGGAGGAUUUGGGGUUUAGUGGCCGAGCACCUGCAGAACGGUGCAUCAUAAAGAUCUCUCCCGAUCUGCCCGACACCAUCUACGUGUUAGCUCUCACCUAUGACAGCGCGAGACUCUGGUGGUACUUUGGCUGUUACUUUUGUUUGCCUACGCUCUUCACCAUCACCUGCUCGUUAGUGACUGCGAGGAAAAUCCGCAAAGCAGAGAAAGCCUGCACCCGAGGGAAUAAGCGGCAGAUUCAGCUAGAGAGCCAGAUGAACUGUACAGUUGUGGCAUUGACCAUUUUAUACGGAUUCUGCAUCAUUCCGGAAAACAUCUGCAAUAUCGUCACCGCCUACAUGGCUACAGGGGUUUCCCAGCAAACAAUGGACCUGCUUAAUAUCAUCAGCCAGUUUCUUUUGUUCUUUAAGUCCUGUGUCACGCCAGUGCUUCUUUUCUGCCUCUGCAAACCCUUCAGUAGAGCCUUCAUGGAGUGCUGCUGCUGUUGCUGCGAGGAAUGCAUUCAGAAGUCUUCCACGGUGACCAGUGAUGACAAUGACAAUGAGUACACCACAGAACUCGAACUCUCGCCUUUCAGCACCAUCCGCCGGGAGAUGUCCACCUUUGCUUCUGUUGGAACUCAUUGCUGAAGCGCAGUCUCUGGUUGGAUCAGAUGGGUUUCAUGUUUUGCUUUUUCAUAUCUUGUGAAAGUUUUUAAUUCCUAUUUUUUCUUACAGGGAAAAAUGCAAAAAAAUAUGCAUUAACAGCUAUAGAACUGAUUUUACAAAUUAAUACUUGUGCUUUGAAAACAAUGUUUAUAUUUGGUUAUUUAAGCAGGACAGAGAUCAGCAGUUUAGGAUCCUUUAUCUGGUAUGGUGCUAAUAUUUUAUUUGGAAAAAAAGCUACUGCACCUUAACUUAAUUGCUAAAUUUCUUUCUUUCUUUAAAAAAAAAAACAUAAUUAUUGUGUAUUGAUUCUAGCCAUGUAGCUUUGUAAGUUAUUUUACGUUUGAAUUGUGAUUGACAAUAUAUUGUCCAUGGAAUUGUGAGAUGACUUGUACUUACAAGCUUUCACCAAGUAGCACCAAAUAAAGGACUCUUUAUUCUUUAAUGACAUUUUCAAUCUACUUUUAACCAAAAUUCAAUAAAUCUUUCAACUGC